AUGAACCAUUGCACACGCCGCAAAAGCGUCAUUGGUUCGCUCAUGGUGCCUUCAACAAAUCACUCAUUUCGAAAUUUUAUCACUGAGACGCCAAAGAGCGGAUGGAGACGAUACCUCAGUAGGGACAGAUGA